AUGCCUCCCCAAGCCUCCCCUGUUGCUAACCAUACUGCUUGUCUUGCUGCUCUUCGUGCUGCCGCCAUCGCUUGUGGCCGUGACCCUUCUACAGUCUCUCUACUACCAGUUUCCAAGUACCAUCCAUCAAGCGCCAUCCUUGCCUUACAUUCCCAAGGGAUCCGUGAAUUUGGUGAAAAUUACGUCCAAGAAUUAGAAUCCAAAGCCGCUGAAUUACCUUCAGAUAUCAAUUGGCAUUUCAUCGGAACUCUACAGUCCGGUAAAUGUAAAGACCUUUGUCGUAUUGAAAAUCUCAGCGUCAUAGAGACUGUCGAUUCCCUAUCGAAAGCCACAAAAUUAAAUAACCAACGUGCCAAGCAUUGGCCCAAUCACCCCAUUACUUGUUAUUUACAGGUCAACACUUCAGAUGAACCACAAAAGGCAGGGAUCCCCUCCUCGGACUUGAAUCAAUUACAACAACUUGUGGAAUUCUUCAGUAGCCCAGAAUGUACUACGCUACGUCUUGCAGGGCUAAUGACUAUUGGUUCAAGAGCGGCUUCCACUGCUGAUGGUCUAAACCCGGAUUUCACAAAAUUAUCACAGUUGCGCAACGCGCUUAAUGAGAAAUACGGCCUUGAUUUGCAGUUGAGUAUGGGGAUGAGUAAUGAUUAUAAACAAGCCAUUGCUCAAGGUAGCAAUGAAGUACGUAUCGGCACUGAUAUUUUCGGACAACGUCCAACGUCUACAUAA